AUGUCGACAACACAUCAAUCAUCAUAUUUGAUAUACAGGGAGACAACUAUUGGCCGCACAUUGAUUGACACAUUAAUUGAAUUAAGUGAUAUGUACACAUUUAGCCACAGUUUGCUUAACUGUGUGCUCAACAAGUUUGACCAAUCAAUGAACGAUAAUAUAGCUAUCAUUGACCAGUUAUGCCAAACCAGUGAUAAUAAUAUUUUUAACGCUAAUUGUCGACAAUUGGAUCUAACAUUUCAGGCAAACAAACUAAAUGUCUACCGAUUUCAUAGUAAUGUAUGGACACUGGUGUUAACCGAUGUCCAGUUUAUAUGCUAUAAACAAUUGGUGAUUAGUGCCGAUAAAGUCAAGAUUGUGGCCAUUGGUGGUGUCGACAGUAGUAGUAGUAGUAGUGGUAAGGGAUCGGCAGCUAAACGCAAACGACUGGCCAAUCAACACAGUGUUAAACACGAAAAUGUUUCAUCCGAUGACAGCAAUUGA